CCCUCAUGUUCUUCAGCAGGGAUUGGACGUCUAUCUCCUUGUCUCUGGCUGCCCCGGUCCUCUCCUUCCUCGCCUGGCUCCUCUGGUAGUUCCUCUCCCUCCUGCCUCGCUCACCGGACGGCGGAGGCCGCCCAUUGCUGGCUCCCACAUGCACACCACCCGAGAUACUGGCUGCGGACAGCUACAGAGGAUCAUAUCACGUGACUCAUGGCGAGAUUUUCUUGUAUAGGAGACUGAGAACGUCACUUAGAGAAGACGGUGGCCUCCUUACACAUUUUCUAACCUUAGCGCAUUGUCUGGUGAUAUACAGUCUCCCUAUGAUGAGUGGGAAAGUAGUACGCAUCCUAUAUAGUCUUUCUUCAACACGUGCACUCCGCAUACGCGCGUAUAUUUCCGGUUUCUCUCCGGAUACUACUGAUGGCGGAGGGUGGUGAAGGAGACAGUGGUCUAAUAGUGGCUUCUGUGCCUGAAGGCCAGAGAAAAUUGAUGUGCAUCCAGUACCCAGGCUUUGUGGACAAUGUGGACAGAGCUAUCAAUAGUCUCGGUGGCAUGAAGAGUAUAGAAAAGGUGUACUAUGAGAAGACGCAUGUGUUGGAGGCGAGACUGAGACCAGAGGACAGGUUCUGCAAGCCAGUGGUGGGUAGAUCCCUGCCCGUUACCAACCUUCUGCUGGCAUUGGUGAGCUACUACUUCACAAACGGUCCGUGGAAGAUGUUGUGGGUGAGACUGGGCUACGACCCUCGCUCCACCCCUGAUAGCAAACGAUACCAGUGCCUUGACUAUCGCCUCCCACGAGAGAUAGCCGCUGUCAGCACUCUCGAGGCCAGGAGAAGCAAACUCAGGAAAGGCUUGAUAUAUGCAGGGAGUAAGAAGCAAGAUGAGUUCCAGUUGAGUGGGGACAGUGUCCAGCUAGCUGAGGCCGUGGCUGAUUCCAAUGCCCCUGAGACAGAGGCGUGUCCAGUGUUCAUUGCACACCAGCUGCCCACCCAGAGACAGGUUUACUACCAGUUGUGUGACCUGCGAGAUGAGUCCCUGCAGACUCUCCUACAUGCCAACGAUGGAAGAGAAGAUGAAUGCUCUGAGGCCAAUGGGUGGUGUGAGGAGGGAGUGUAUGACCAGCUGAGGAAGAUGCUGGGAGAGAUGGUCAGAAGGACAGCUGAGAGAGUUGAAGAGGAGCGCGACUGGCUCUUGCAGACAAUACCAGCCCAAGCUAGAGACUGACACCAUUCACUCAUAGUCACGUUUCCACCAUUUUCAAACAAAAUGAGCGAUCAAAUAGUUUUAUUCAUGAUGACAAAAUAUGGAGUAAAAGCUUGGGAGUGUUACGGAUGAUAAGAAAGUACACUUCUAUCCCUUCAAACUCGACAAUAUAUCGGGGCCACUGAAAGCAAUGUGUCUGGAUGUGAUGACAGUCUCCCUGUCUUCUUGGGCUUUAUUACUGGCGGCCUUUGCCAGCUUAUUGAGAGCCAGAACUAGACCCAGAAACACGGCAAUAUCCACGGACUUAGACAGGUUAACACUCCUCUUUCCCUUUAUGAUCUUUCUGAGAGUGGCUCGGGGGUACUUUCGUUUCAUGUUUCCCGCCGACGGUUAACGUUUGUUU